UGUAGUUAAAUAUAAUCCGUAUUCUCGAUCGUAAUUACGAUAGUUGUCCUAGUAUCUUUAUUUUGCACCUUGGAUUUAGGAUCAACCACUUGUAUAUUCAAUUUGGAUUUAUUUUGAAGAAGAAACGUAUGCAAUUUUUUAACGAGCCAGAGUAGAAGAAGAGGCUUUCGAAUGACGAUUAAUACAAAUUGUGCAAGAUUAUAAGAAAGAGAGAUGAAUUUGUCGUUGAGAAAGACUGCCGUAGGCAGACUAGAUACGGCAAAACUGGCGCCAACGUUCACGGUACUGACUACAUAUUAGGCAACGUGCAAGAGUACAUGUUUAAGUAACGAAAAAGAAUACUGGCAAAAGGAUCAGUAACGCCGUUUAGAUUUUUUCAUUUUUCGUCGUUUUUGCUUUUAUUGAUUUUAUGCCAUAGUCUAUAAAGCAUUUUACGUUAGGACAUAACAGUCCCUAAUAAAAGUAUAUCCACACACCUUACUUCCGUGCUCAGUACUGCCAUGUUUGAAGCAGAAACGACUCAGUUGAAACACAUUUUCUUAAGUCUACGAUGCAUUGAUUUUGUCAAAGAAUGUACAGUUGAAAUCUAUAAAAAAGGAAUAAAAUUCGGAGUUGAUGAAUCUCAAUCGCUUGAUGCUCAUAUAUAUUUACAGAAGCCCUUAUUUACGGACUUUAAAGUAGGAAACAUCUCCGGGGACGAAGACGAAGCGGUUUAUGCAUUUAAAAUACAGCUUCAACCCUUGCUACAUUGUCUUUCCAUAUAUGCAGAAAGCAAAGAUCGAAUGUCAAGCAUGCAGUGGGACCAGCCAAAUCCUACGGGUUUCAUGAAGCGUCAUGGAACACGAUGCAUCAUCAGAUACCACGGAAAAGGCGACACGUUUGAUUGGAUCAUUGAAGAUGCUACAGGAUACAAGACAACUUGCGAACUAAACACAAUGGAAGAAAACGACGCUAUGAAGACCGAGUUCAUUGCCUCACGGACAACGGUGAAGGUGAUCAUGAAAAGCAAGUGGUUGUAUGAUGCAUUACUUGAGCUUGACAAUAACUUAAGUGACAGUCUGCUUAUAAAGACACUUCCCGAAAAGUCGACGUUUGCACUGCGGUCAAUCGGUUCCAUUUCCUCAACUGAAGUUGAAUAUCCAAGCGCAAGAAAUGUGCUCGAGUCUUUUAAGACCAUGUCGGAAUACGUGCACGCAUACCGGUUUUCUCUCGUUCGACAUGCUCUCAAAGCACUUCAGGCAAGCUCAAAGGCUAGCAUUCAAAUUGAUGAAAAUGGGCUGUUGAACUUACAGCUCAUGUUGCUUAGCCCACAAGGACUAAGCAGCUUUGUAGACUUCAAGAUUCUUCCCCUAAAUUUAAAUGAAGGGGAAGAUGAACAAGGUAGCGACUGGGAUGGACGCGGUGAUUCGGAGACGGACGAUGCUGACACGGAGGACGAAUAAAGUAUGAACUCUUUUUAUUGCUCUAAACCACCUCCAUAAAAACCCUCUUUAGUAUCUUUUCCAUCACUCAACAGUUCCUUAGUAAGGAGUAACGGUACCGUUUGCGCUCCAUUUUUCAACUCCCUUAACACGUUGGUCACACACGCGGGCAGAUUUCAAGUGAAUUUUUACAACUCGAUAGUUUCUCGGAACAACGUAUUGUUUCGUGUUGCUCUCAGAAUUGCUUUGCAAGUGCUUUUCACGGAAGAAUUCUUCUUCCUUACUGCCUUCGGGAAGAAUAACUGCCAAACCAUUGAGGGUCACUGAAGUGUGUGAAAUCUCUUGUUGGUUCAAGUCGUACAAAAGUGCACACAGUGAAGAGACAUCCUGCUGUUCAAAUGGUCUACGAUGUGCAGACCAGUCGUGUACGAGAACAGAAACCUGGGGGUUGUUCAUGAUAUUGCUGUACUUCUUACUGUUUUCAUCCAUCGUUAAAAUAAUAACAUCGUCAUUCUCA